AUGCCCCGCCUCGAUGUGCCGACCGACGCGCAGCACCGACACGAGCCCUUCCGCCCCGUGGUCACGUACAUGUGCCGCCCCUUCUUCUCGCGCGGCGUGCUGAACGAGGUAGACAUCCUGCGCUACAUCCUGCGCAACUACAACGUCACCCUGCGUGUGACCACCUUCCAGGAGCCGCUGCUGGAGGUGCUGGACCUCAUGGGCCACACCGACGUGCUGGUGGGCAUGCACGGGGCGGGCUGGACCAAUGCCAUGUUCAUCAAGCACGGCGCCAGCGCCAUGCAGAUGUACCCAUACGGUUGGCGGCUGAGCAACGGGGCCAUGAUCCGCGGGGCCAACUACAGGGAGAUCGUGCUGGCAUCCGACUGCCCCUACCACGAGUGGGUCAACCACAGGCCGGGGUACGCUUUCUUCCGCAAGAUCGACUUCCACCAGCGGCUGGGGAUCGAGCCCUUUGAGCACCCCGGACCAGAGGUGCCCAGGCCCAAGGAUGGGCUGCCCGGCUCGCCAUGGGUCUAUCAGAACACAUACGUGGACCUGGAGACCUUCGGCAGGGAGUUUGAUGCGCUCAUGGCCGGAGCUCGCAUCCCCAAGAUGGGCAGCGCCGCAGUUGGCGCGCCCACCACGCCAGCCGCCUAG